CCCACCUUGAGACAGUUUCAUCACUCAGAGGUAUAUAAGCGGGCAGCGGCCCAGGUCCUGCACUCUCUACAUCAUGGCGUACAAGUGUGUUAUCCUGAGCGCUCUGCUCGCUGUCGCCUCUGCCGGAGGUCCCGCUGCCUACAACACCUACUCCCCCUCUGUCGGUUACGACGGUUUCGUCGGUAACUCUCACGAGAGCACCGUCAAGGGAUACCUCGGAGACUCAGUCUCCCAGAUCUCCAAGACCGUUGUGUCUCCCUACUCUUCCGUCAGCAAGUUCGUCUCCAAGAGCACUAGCCCAGGAUACGCAUACGCCGCCCCUGCUGUCUCAUACGCCGCCCCCGCUGUCUCUUACGCCGCUCCCGCCGUGAGCUACGCCGCCCCUGCUGUCUCUUACGCUGCCCCCGCUGUCUCCUACGCCGCUCCCGCUGUUAGGGCUUACGCUCCCGCUGCCUACGCCGCUCCCGUCGUCAAGACUGUUGCUCCCGUUUCCUACGCCGCCCCUGCUGUCUCUUACGCCGCCCCCGCCGUCAGGGCUUACGCUCCCGCCGCCUACGCCGCUCCCGUCGUCAAGACUGUUGCUCCCGCCGUGUCUUACGCCGCCCCUGCCGUCUCUUACGCCGCCCCCGCCUACGCUCCCUCUUACUACGGUAGGGCCUACGCCGCUCCCGCUGCCUACGCUGCUCCCGUCGUCAAGACUGUUGCUCCCGUUUCCUACGCCGCCCCUGCUGUCUCGUACGCCGCCCCUGCUGCCUACGCCGCACACGCUGCUCCCGCUUAUGGCUACUCCGCCGCCCCCGCUGUUGCCCACGUUACCUACGGAUCUGCCCUCACCAGCUACGCCUGGUAAUUACCUGACUAGUCUGACCCCUCUGUAGAGAUCAAGUUGGUUACUUACUAAAUGACUGACGUUUUUAUAUUUAUUACACAUUUGUUGUAGAAUGUAAAAUAAACCUCUUUACAGAUGUAAAA